GGCCCUUCCGCUUCCGCCGCGGGCUCCGCGCGGCCGGAAGUGCAGGCCCGGGAGCGGAGCCGCCAUCAUGGCCGACAAGAUGGACAUGUCCCUGGACGACAUCAUCAAGCUCAACCGGAGCCAGCGCGGGGCCGGCCGAGGCGGCGGACGGGGAGGCCGGGGCAGGGGCGGCGCCACCCGCGGGGGCGGGCCCGGCCGGGGCGGCGUGGGAGCCGGGCGGGCGGGCGGUGGCGGCCCCGUGCGGAACCGGCCGGUGAUGUCCCGAGGCGGCGGCAGGAACCGGCCCGCGCCAUACAGCCGGCCGAAGCAGCUACCCGAGAAGUGGCAGCACGACCUGUUCGACAGCGGCUUCGGGGCGGGCGCCGGCGUGGAGACCGGCGGGAAGCUCCUCGUCUCUAACCUGGACUUCGGCGUCUCGGAUGCGGACAUCCAGGAGCUCUUUGCUGAGUUCGGGACCCUGAAGAAGGCGGCGGUGCACUACGACAGGUCCGGGCGCAGCCUGGGCACGGCAGACGUGCACUUCGAGCGGAAGGCGGACGCCCUGAAAGCCAUGAAGCAGUACAACGGUGUCCCCCUGGACGGGCGCCCCAUGAACAUCCAGCUGGUCACCUCACAGAUUGACACACAGAGGAGACCGGUGCAGAGCGUAAACAGAGGGGGGAUGACCAGGAGCCGCGGUGGCUCGGGAGCGUUUGGCGGUGGAGGCGGCAACAGGCGAGGAACUCGAGGUGGGAGCAGAGGGAGAGGCAGAGGAGCCGGGAGGACUUCAAAACAGCAGCUUUCUGCAGAGGAGCUGGACGCACAGCUGGAUGCCUACAAUGCCAGGAUGGACACCAGCUAAGCGGCAGCAGGUGCCGGAGGACUCCGGCCUGGCUACCGGCUCCCAGUUCCGGGGGGCUGUAGGGGGGGUGGUGGUAGCGGCGGCGGCCGCGGGGGGAUUUGUUUUACGUUUCGUUCCGGGAUAGGUUUUAACCCUGUAAAGGUUUUUUUUAAUCCUGCGCAGUCCGUUUUGUACCAGUGCCGGGCGCCUCUGCGGGCCCGGAAUAAACCCAGAC